AUGAGGGUCUCCGGUGCGUGGAUGCUGCCCGAGUUCAACCCUCACGCACCUCGUGACUUGGGCAGGCCGGGGUCAGGCCCUGGCUUAGAUGAGGGAAUGUCUGACGAAGAUGUCGAAGCGCCAUGUCGUAACUUGGGACUUGCACUGUACGGACCGACAGAGGCUAAGGACGCCGAAACGGAGGCAGGAGACUGGGGGUUCCUCGAUGCACAGACAGAGGCGCAAAAGGAUUCAGAGGCGACUGAUGACGAGGAGACGCAGGACGCCAUACCGGAGGUCGCGACGAAGGACGUCGAUGUCGAGUUUGGAAAAGCGGGUGUGGAUAGAGGAGACGCGGAGACAACUGAUGACACGGCCGAUGUGGCGCCAGAGGACGCAGAGGGCGAGGAUGGUAAUGAGGAGGGGGCGUGGGAAGACGCAGAGACAGAGGAUGACGACGCAGGGACCGAAGGCGGAAAUGCGGAGGUCGCUAAACGUGAGGCAGAGACCGAGAACGGAAAUGUGGAGGUCGGCAAACAAGACGCACAGACCAAUCACGGAAUUGUGGAGGUGGCGCCAGAAGACGCAGAGACAGAGGAGGGAACGCCAUCUGUGGCGCAGGAAGACGCAGAAACAGAGCACAUGAAUGCGGAAGGACUGGCAGAAGAUGCUAUGACAGAGGAGGGAGAGCCGGGGGUGGCGCAGACAAUCGGGAAAGCAAAUGGAGGGAAAGACGCGGCAUGGCGACAUGAACCGGGGUUGACGGGCAAGGGAGGUUCGGUCUCUUCCGCCGACGCCACCAUAGAGCGACCUAACUUUACCGCACAUGUUAAGUCCCAUGGGGUCAUAGAUUCAGAGGGCGAGGAUGAAGUAGGGGACGAGAACAGUGAGCGUGGUGAGGAGAGUGAGGAUGUUCAGGAGGCACAUGAGACGGACAGCGUGUCGAGCGCGGCUAGCUCAGAACGGUCGGAGGAAGGCGACAUAGAGGUUGACAUACGUGCAGAGAUUGCGCACAUCGCUCGCAAGUACAACCUCCCGAAUGAGGCUAUUACAGACAUUAUACAGCUGUUUAAGGCGCGUAACCCGUCCGACGACGAUCUCGAAACGUGGGAGACUUAUAGGGAUCUGGAAAAAUGGGAGGAGGAGGUUUUGGAAGCGCAUGAGCACUGGGAGGAGGUCGAAAUAGUACUUGAAGGAGAUCUCGGUGUGUUGACGUUUCGUCACCGCCCGAUCGUGGAGGUAUUUGUGGCAUUAUGGGAGAGGAUGUCAGGAGUGGAUGGGUUUGCCACUGCAUGGAGGGAAGAGAAGGUCGACGGGGUGACGGUAUAUCGCAGUGCGGCAGGUGGCAAAUGGUUUAAGGAAGCCACGGGAGCUAUGGAUGGAGAGGCGAUUGUAGCAGGAGUGGUUUUGUUUAGUGAUGUGACCCACCUGAGUUUCAAUGGGCGUCAAACGGUGCACCCCUUGCAAUUCACGCUCAUGAACAUUCCAGAGGCAUUAAGUGUGCUCUAUGGGACUGGGCCACUUAAUAUCACCUUUCAGGUGGCAGCACAGGAUCCCACUCAGUCCUCUCCUCUCUCUCCAUCUCACAUCCUCUCCCCUGAUUCCAUCUCCCCUUCAACUCUCUCCUCUCCCACUCUAUCCUCUCCAAAUCUAUCCUCUACACACUUUCCACUCCCACUCGCUCCUCUUCCAAUCUCUCCUCCCCACUGUCACGCCACCCUGCCUUAUGGCGAGGAUGAGAACCCUGAAGUGUGCAAGACAAAGGAGAACGGGUACUUUAAGUGCCAGCGGCAGCAGAAAGUGAUAGUUCCCGGGUUUGAAGAGGAGGGGGGCGUGUGGGUCGAUGCGUACGUUUAUUACAUGGAGGUCUAUAAUGGAAACAACGACUGUCCUUUAGGGGAUGAUCAUGAAGGGAACACCACUGCUGCUGCUGCUGUGACCAAUACCGGCUUGGAAGCAUCGACUUUAAGUGAUGACGAGGAUCCAGCGAUGUUCGCACGCCCAGGCUCAUCUCGUAGGAGUGGGAAAUGGUCGGAUAAAAGAGGAGAUGCUGGGGGGGCUGAUAGUGGCAACAAGUCAGAGCAGGGAGGGGGGAAGGAUGGGCAGAGGGGAGGGGAGAAGGGAGGGGAGAAGGGAGGGGAGAAGACAGGAGGAGACAAGGGAGGGGAGAAGACAGGGGGGGAGAAGGGAGGGGAGAAUACAAGUGGGGUUGCUAGUGGAGAGAAACAAGGGGGAGAAGCGAGUGGGGUGAAGAGGGAGACAGAGAAAGAGAGGAAGGCAAGAGAGUGGGAAGAGAGAAAGCAGCUUGCAAAGAGCAAAGAGAAGGCAAAAGAGGAGGCUGCAGAGAAGAAAAGCCGGGAGGAAGAGGAAAGGAAGGCGAGGGAGGCAGAGGAGAAGGCGAAAAGGGAGGAAGCUGAGAAGGCGAGGAGAGAGGCAGAGAAGGGUAAGGGAAAGGACAAGGGGAAGGGCAAAGGAGGGAGCAGGAAAUCGCCCAAGCCACCACCCGGAAAGAAAGCAAGUGUUAGAAGGCCCAGGAAAAACCUUAGAUGA